AUGUCUUCUCAAUCUAACGACCAUAUAAAUCAGAUUACAGCGAAAUUCCCAGGGUGUUCUCGGGAUACUGCAUCGAACUGCUUAUAUGCAAUUCUUCCUCCAGACCCUCCGUCUGACGAUGAUGAUACUCAAAGUCAGCAAAAUGACGACAAAAGCGAAUCUGAGAUCAGCGCACUGGUUGGCGAAUUGGAUUUGGAAGACCAGCGCAACAAGACACUCAAGGGUGCCUCUUGGAUGCCCAAGCUGCCGACCCUCUCAGUGUCUGAGGGCUUUAUCAUGUCUCCUCACGACCCAUCUGUGUUCGAGCUUCGCAAGUUUCUUGGAGCAAUCCAGGCCGGUCAAUUCGACGCGCACAGAGUCCGAGAUUAUUUAGGUUUAUACGACAAAGAUAUCCUCGAUGCGAUCCUGAAUGCCGAUAUUGAUGGGUAUCCGGCGAUGUUUUACGUCGUCGCCACCAAUGAUAUCGGCAUCAUUCGCCAAUGGAUCAAACACGGAGGAGAUCCUAACGUGACUUGGGGGCCCAAUAACUUCCCCUUGAUCGCCUUUUCCAUUAUUAAUGGAGGCCAAACCAUGUACGAAGCCUGGAGGACCCUCGCUACGCUCCUCAGAUUCGGCGCGGAUUGUCGGGUCAUCCCUCAAUCUUUCUAUGACCCCUAUUGUCGAGUUCUACCGGAAGAUGGGCCAUCUCGAGCGGAACUUCAUGAUAUCGAAGACCAGAACAAGCGGUGGUGCACGGCUGAGGUGCGCGCCUGCCUUGCCGGAGCUCUUAACUUAUCGCAGAGGUACGACCUCGACAGAUCCAGCAAGACUAAACCAUAUUCCGGUCGUGAGAAAGAGGUGUUGUUUCGACAGAGCGCUGAAGAAGUUAUGGGUCUCCGCCAGAUGAUCGUUGCCCAGUCGAUUGCCGCCCGGUGGCUACAGAGAAAACUGCUCGUCAAUCUCGCUCGGCAAAAGCGGAAGCCGUUUAUAUUGGUUUUUGCAGGUCCUAGCGGCCAUGGGAAAACGGAACUCGCUCGAAGAUUCGGAGAUCUCAUUUCAUCGAACUUACACGUGGUGGACUGUACCAUUUUCAAGCAUGACAAUGAAUUGUUCGGACCACGUCCCCCAUACUCGGGACACGAGGAUGGUUCACCAUUGAAUAACUUUCUGGUCCUCAAUGCGGGGGAACGGGCCAUUGUAUUCAUGGACGAAUUCGAAAAGACAAGUGAUGAUAUACACAACACUUUAUUAUUACCUUUCCAAGACGGCCGGUACGAAGACCGUCGAAAUGGUAAAAUUGUUGACUGCUCCAAGACUAUUUGGAUACUUGCUACGAAUAAAUUGGAUGACAGCAUCCACUCCUUCUGCGACGCAAACAAGGAUGUUAUCUUUCAAUCAGAAGAUGAUCAGGCUCAGGAUAGGCUUGUAGAGAAGCUCCUCCGUCAACUGCGCACAGAGUUUAUCGGACACUUUGGUGCACCGUUAGCCGGUCGCAUUACUGAAAUCCUUCCAUUCCUUAUUUUUUCUCCACAUGAGUCAGCUGUAAUCGUCCAUAGAGUAUUAAUGGAUUUGGAAAGGGAAGUAGCCCGACGUGUGCAUCUAUCCACGAAUAAAGAAGACGAUAUAUAUGUCGGAAAUAUUAACAUCCGCAUUAAGAAAGACGCAGUCGUGUGUUCUAAGCUUGCGGAUGAUGGGUACGAUAAGAAGACUGGCGCACGUAGCAUUGCACGAGCUGUGGAGCGGGGUGUUGAGGAUUCUCUCAUUAGCCAGUACCUCAAAGACGGAGAUGAGUUUGACGAGAACCAACCUACCACUUACUUCGAUAUCGACGUUAACGUCGACGGCGAAGUUGAGGUUAGACUGGCGCUGGAUUCUUAUUAG